GGAAACGUGCCUUUCUACAGACUCUGGGGUAAUGGGGCGUGUUAAUGAUUGGUGCUUAAAGUGAAAAACUUGAAAAGAAAUGAAAAGUCAGUGUUGUUUAGAAGUCUUCUAACAUUUAUAAGUAAUAGCAUGGCGGAUGAGCUGUCGAUGUUUCGUCAGUGCCCGCUGCUUUUACCUCAAAACAGGGAAAGGACUGUAUAUGAUGGUUUUAUUACAGUCCAGGAUAGAGAUUUCCGUUUGAGGAUUUUGCUUCCUUCAGUCCAUGACGUUAAACAUGCAAGAUUACAAUGUAGCUGGCAGCUCAAGCAUGUGUUGAAAGGAUAUCAACAGAUUUUAAAACAGAGGUUGCAGCACUGCUCUGACCUGGUCAGCUUUAUGCUGGAGCUGAAGACUGUUUUGGCUUGUUUAUAUUGAUACUGAAUUCAGCACCAUCAAGCUAAAAGCUGAAGAUUCUGGGAGCAGAGUACAUUUGAUUACUAUUAAACUAAAACCAAAGUAUCCAGUAGACGCACCUGACUGUUUGGUGGACUUCCCAGUUCCAUUCACAGUUCCUUGGACACCUCAGGGCUCCUUAAUAUACAUUCACAGCCAGUUCUUGGCAGCUUUGGAGUCAUUGAAAGAAUUUUGGGAUAUCAUGGAUGAAAUAGAUGAAAAGACUUGGGUUCUUGAGCCGGAAAAACCCACACGUGGUGCCACCGUGAGAAGAAUUGCAAUAGGGAAUAAUGUUUCCAUAAACAUAGAUGUAGAUCCAAGACACCCUAAAGUACUUCCUGAAUGCUGCUUUCUUGGAGCUGAUCAUGUGGUGACUCCUUUGAGGAACAAACUGAACAGUAAUAUGCAUUCCUGGAACCCAGAAUGCACAGUGUUACAGAAUCUGAAGGAAGUUUUAGAAAUUGACUUUCCUGCUCCUUCUGCUCAUGAAAUAUCUAAUUUGAAUAUGGAGUGUGGUAUCUGUUAUGCUUACCGGCUUGAUUCUGCUAUACCAGAUCAGGUAUGCGAUGAUUCAAGAUGUGGUCAGCCAUUUCAUCAGGCAUGUCUUCUUGAAUGGCUUCGAGGGCUUCCUUCCUGCAGACAAAGUUUCAAUGUGAUCUUUGGAGAAUGCCCGUACUGUAGCAAGCCAAUCACAGUGAAAAUGUCAUCGAAGAAGUCUUGAGCUGAAAUUGUUCUAUGGAUGACUUGCAAGACAGUACCAGCAUCUACCUCAAGAAUCAGUGGCAGCAUUGCAAACUAAUACAUUGAAUUAACCAAAGCAUUUUAAUGUCAGAACUGCAACCAAAGCAUUUUAAUGUCAGUAGAACUGCAACACAA